ACAAAUUUUGUCAUUGCCAGACUUCAUCUAGACCGCUGCCCCUACCAGAUGACUGACGCUCUGUUUUACAAGAUACUAUUGUUACUAUCCGCGGUAUAUUUUGUUCGAGUAUGUGGCAAGUCGCCUCAGCCACCACCGAAGAAGUGCGAGGAGAAGAAGUUCACCGGACUCGAGACCAGAGGAUUCAGGGCAAUUAUCCGAUGGGUGCCUCCUCUGCUAGUCCUACCCUCGAUGUUCCUCACCUUGCUCUGUGAAUCGUUGCAAAUAAGCCUGCAGUACAGCCGUUCGCACUUCCUUUCCGCUCCAUCGGAACUCCCAUCCAGCACAGGAAGGAAUGUCACCCUCACCAGCACAUUCGUCGUCGGCUGGCUACUGCUGGCAUCCGGGGCCUUCAUCCGGGCUACUUGCUAUCGACACCUCGGCCGCUUCUUCACCUUCGAGCUCGCCCUUCGCGAGGGCCACCAGCUCGUGACCACCGGACCAUACUCCAUCGUCCGUCACCCAGCGUACACAGGAAGCAUCCUGGCGCUCACCGGGAUGGCGCUUAUGCAGCUGGGUCCGGGCUCGUACUGGACGGACAACCUAAGGCUGUGGUCAACGCCCGUGGGCGUAGUGAUGGGCUGCCUUUGGCUCGGCAUACUGAGCAUCAUACCAGCCGGAAUCAUAGCGCGCACUGCGGUGGAGGAUGAAGUACUCCGCAAGGAAUUUGGAGGACAGUGGGACAACUGGGCGCAGAAGACGGAGUAUAAGCUGGUACCCGGCGUUUUCUGAGCGAUAAGCAGUGC